GUGUGCAUCUCCACGUCUCCGCGCCGUGCAGCCACCGCCCUCACCCGUCCUCCUCCCGCCGCUGAGCUCGGCCUACCCAGAGGCCGCCCCUCCCCAGCACAAUGGAGAGCAACAAGGACGAAGCACUCAAAUGCCUCGCAAUCGCCCAGAGACGCAGGGGCGCGGCCGACCUCGCGGGCGCACGCCGCUUCUGCCAGAAGUCUCUCGCGCUCUUCUCGACCCCCGAGGCGACCAAGCUGCUCGAACUCAUCGACGCCGACUCCGCCGAGGCAUCGUCGUCCAGCUCCAGCGCAGGCUCGAGUUCCAGCGCGGGCCAGCCGUUUGCGUCGUCGGCGGAGGCGCACCCGUCUGCGGCGGGCGCACGACACCGGCAUAACGGGUCUGCUGCGGGGGCGGGCCCAAAGACGAAUGGGGACGCCAAGAAGGCUGAGGAGGAGAAGAAGCGGGAGUAUACGCCGGAGCAGGCUGCGGUGGUCAAGCGGGUGCGGGCGUGCAAGGUUACAGAGUACUAUGAGAUCCUUUCAGUGAAGAAGGAUUGUGAGGAGGCGGAUAUCAAGAAGGCGUACCGCAAGCUGGCGCUUUCGUUGCACCCUGACAAAAAUGGCGCUCCAGGAGCAGACGAAGCUUUCAAAUUGGUAUCAAAGGCAUUCCAAGUGCUCUCAGAUCCGCAGAAGAGGGCCGCCUACGAUCGCCACGGCUCAGACCCAGAAUCACGCUUCAGCGGCAUGUCGUCUGGUGGUCGUGCACCACCAGGCUUUGCAACUAAUGGGUUCGGAGGUGGCGGAUUUGAGGGUGAAAUCAGCCCUGAGGAGCUGUUUAAUAUGUUCUUCGGUGGCGGCGGUGGUCCAUUUGGGGGUGGCGGAUUUGGCGGGGGCCCUGUCUUCUCAGCUUCGUUUGGCCCCGGUGGAUUUAGAACGACGAACGUCCGGACCAACACGCGACAAGCACCACCACAAGCUGCAGAGCAACGAUCAACCUUCGUCCAAUUACUCCCGCUCAUCCUCCUAUUCGCGGUCUCUUUCCUCAACUUCCUCCCCAAUUUAUUCUCCGCACCCAGCACUCCGGACCCGCGUUUCUCGUUCUCGCCAUCGCUGCGGUACAACAUGGAGCGGCAAACGAGCAACUACGGCAUCAAGUACCACGUUAACACGGCCGAGUUCUCAGGACACCCGAUCGCCGCUGAGGUGGCGCGCAACGGAGACAAACGCGGGCCCGAGCUCAGCAGGUUCGAGAAGACGGUCGAGCAGCUGUUUACGCAGGACCUGUACGCGCAGUGUCAGCGCGGGCUGGACCUGAAACAGCGGAGACGGGACCAGGAGCUCGGGAUGUUCGGGCUCGGGACGGACUGGGAGAAGGUGAAGAGGAUCGAGGCGGAGCCGGUCCCGAGUUGUGAGCAGCUCAAGACUAUGGGUCUCAUCAAGUAGGUGAUGGACAUGCGUGUAAUGUAUCGGGACUGGCAGGAUAUAGACCACCGUCGUACUCAUUGGCCGUUUACUUAUUGCUCAUGUCUAUGUUCAUGCAUUUGGUGACUUCAU